AUGCCAGAUCGCCCAGGUCGCGGAAAGCGGCCAAGCUCCAACGAGAGAGGCUUUUCUCCGCCUGCUACGAAGCGGAGACAGCAGUCGACGACGACGAGCAAGGCUGUUGCAAACUUUUUCACGCCGCUGUCGAAGAAAGAGCCAGAGAAGAUGACAUGGCGGGUACUGAACGACAGCCUUCUAAUCGGUCGCUAUGGUGCAGCACCUUGCACCCAGUCCGCCAAGGUCAUCAAAGGGAAACAAAAAAUAGCUGCUUUCGAUUUCGACUCUACCUUGAUCACGUCUGCUUCUGGGAAACGAUUCGGUCGCGAUGCGGCGGACUGGAAGUGGUGGCACGGCAGCGUUCCGGCGGCGGUACGAAGUCUCUAUGAAGAAGGAUAUCUCGUCGCAGUGUUGAGCAACCAAGGAGGAAUCAGCCUAAAGCCAGACCCGAAGACCAUCAAGAGCGACCAGAAGCGAUUGGCAGACUUCAAAGGCAAAGUUUCAGCUGUGAUCACGCAGCUCGACCUACCGAUUUCGAUAUAUGCUGCAACCGCUCGGGAUCAGUACCGCAAGCCUCGAACAGGCAUGUGGCAAGAACUACUGGAGGACUACGACCUAGAGGCUGCAGAUGCCGUAGACCUACAGAACUCUUUUUUUGUUGGUGACGCAGGCGGCCGCGAGGCUGUGCCAGGAGGAGCAGUAAAAGACCAUUCCUGUGUCGAUAGAGACUUCGCCGCUAACGUAGGCAUACGUUUUCACACUCCCGAGGAGUACUUCUUGCAGGAACAAUCAAGACCGUUCGUUAGAGGAUUCGACCCAACCGUCUUCCUCGAAGAGGGGGCUGUGAAGUCAACAUCUGCAGGUCCCUUCUCCAAGGCGAACCCCAUCGACAUUGUUCUAUUCGUGGGUAGCCCUGGCGCUGGCAAGUCCUCGUUCUAUUGGAACUAUUUGCAGCCACUCGGAUAUGGUCGAGUCAACCAAGACAUCCUCAAGACGCGCGAUAAAUGUCUGAACGCGGCUGCUGCACUUAUUAAGGAGGGGACCAGUGUGGUUGUCGCAUCAGACAAUACAAAUGCGGAUCCGCAGACGAGGGCGCAUUGGAUUGAUCUAGCGACGCAACUUAAUGUGCCUAUCAGAUGUGUGCUUUUUACAGCUUCAGCUGAGCUCUGCAAGCACAAUGAUACCCUUCGGGCGUUGAAUAUAGGGCCAGAAACCAACCCUGAGAAACGGACCAUACUCCCGCACACUGCAUUCACUGGCUUCACUUCCAGAUACCGCGAGCCUAGAGUAUCGGAGGGUUUUCAGGACAUCGUGAAAGUCGACUUUCAGUUCGAGGGCUCGGAGGAGCAGAAGACAUUGUGGAGCAAAUUCUGGGUCUGA